AUGGAAAACGCUACCUCGCGUGUGACGAAAGACCAAAUCGAGCAUUUGGUACAAAUAAUGGAGAAAAACCCGAACGUUGCCAAAGGAGUUUGUACGAACCCUGCUUUAUUUUGGCAGGAAGUAAGCGUGGAGCUAAAUUGCUUAGGCCCAGCAAAAGACAAAAAUUCAUGGAAAAAGACAUGGACUGACAAAAAAUCAAACGUUAAGAAAAAGUACAGCCUUAUGCGACGGGAACAAUUGAAAACCGGCGGUGGUAUUCCUGAGGCUAUUUUUUUGAGUGAGAUUGAGGAGCGAAUUUUAAAUGUUACAAACACGAGAGCCAAUGUUGACGGUGUGAAAGAUAGCGUUUGUAUCGGAGCACCAGAACACCUUAACAAACAACCAGCGCAACUUCAACCAGAUCCUGUGGCGUCUUGUUCUUCGGUUGAACAAGAUCCUGUACCGUCUUGUUCUUCGGUUGUACAAGAAUUUGUACCAUCUUGUUCUUCGCUUGUAGAACCUGUACCGUGCCCAGAAACAAUCAAAACAAAUAGUGCGAAACCGUCCCAAAAUACUGCAAAACCGUCCCAAAAUAGUGCGAAACCGUCCCAUAAUAUUACGAAAUUGACCGAGUUGGAAAAGAACCAAACAAAAUUAAUUCAGCAAAAUGAAAUGAUUGCUGAUUCGCUAGCGGAGUUGGUAACGGCUUUUAAAAUUUACGCUGAGAGUACCAUGAAUUUCCAUAAAGAAUUUUUAGAACAUCUGAAAAAGAAGGAAAAUUAG